UUAUCAGUGACUCACAAUGGAUUUCGUAGCGGGAAAUCCUUCAUAUGUCUUAUCAAGAAAUACGUUAUGCGCUUUCUUUUCUUUUUGCAUGAAACAAGUAUAGAAUUGCUAAACAGACGAUGUUCAAUCUUCAAUCAUCAGUCGGAACACAAUCGUCAAACGAGCAGGAUCGAGAAAUUUUCAUCACCACGAUGCAUUGUUGGGUGUUUCUGUUAGUGAUCUGCAGUUGCAUGAUCAUUUCAAGUGUCGCGAAUGUUGACGCGAGUGAUUUUCGAGAAUGUCCGGGAGGUUUCUGGGUGCUGGAAGUUUUAUGUCCAAAUGGAAUAUACAACGAAUCAUAUGCGCAGUCUACGGAUCUUAUUGGCAUACGACUGGGUGAAGAAUGCCCGGAAAAGGAAGUGUGCUGCACAAAUAUAACACAGCUGCAAAAAAGUGUUGAUCGCGAUAGCGAAAGAACGACUGUGAGCAACGAAUGGGCGAUGGAGUAUGAAUGUGGCCUAAACAACCCACAUGGGAUAGGUAAUCAAUCCAAGCUGGACCACACAUACGCUAAGUCUGGUGAAUAUCCGUGGGUUGUUCUCAUUUUGCAACAGGGGACAAUGACUACCGUCUGUCAAGGUACACUCAUACAUCCGCGGUUUGUGCUAACGACAGCGCAUCACUUCGAACCGAAUGAUAGCUUCGUCGCCAGGUUUGGUGAAUGGGCUUUCAAUGAGGAAAUAAAAUGCUUUCCAAAACAGAAUAUUGAUAUAGAAAACAUUAUUGUACAUCCUAAAUACAACAGUAAGGGGCUACCCAAUGAUAUUGCGUUAGCGCGGCUGAAGCGAAAUGUGCUUUAUGAUGCGCAUAUACGACCUAUCUGCUUACCCGGUCCAAAUGAUCUGUUCGAUGGCCAACAGUGUACGUCUGCCGGUUGGGGUAGAAUGCAAGAUUUGAAGUUUGCAAGCGUAUUAAAACGCGUAGAUCUUCCGGUUAUACCGCGACAAGAGUGCAAGCAACUGUUUGCUAGAACAAUAUUGGGACCGUUCUUCCGACUGCACGAGAGCGUGCUUUGUGCCGGUGCUAUGAAAGAUCAAGACAUGUGCGAUGGAGACGGUGGAUCUGGUCUAUUUUGUCCAACGGAGUCGGGAUCGUACGUUUUAGCAGGCAUUGUUUCUUGGGGCUUGGGCUGUCAUCAGCAGGACGUUCCUGGUGCUUACGUGAAUGUGGCUAAAUUUGUACCGUGGAUACAAUCUACGAUAAAUGAACGUGUUUGAUGUAGUGUUCACUUACAUGAUGUUUGUGCUAGUAAUUUGCCAUCCUAUUUCCGUGUGGAGGGUUUACAGGGUUUUUCUAUUCAGUUUAGACUAGCCGCACACUUUUUCCUGCUCUGCGUACUUGAUUUUUGACGCAGGUAGGCAAACAAACAUGGUGCUUGCUAAUAAUCAAGUGCGCCGAGUAGGAAAAAGUGUGCGGCUAGUCUAAACUGAAUAGAAAAACCCUGUAUCAAACUGAUGCCACGAUAAAAAAAAUAAUCCAAUGCGGAAGUGCGCGUUGACAAGUAGUGAGCAUUUGGUUGACGUAUAACACAUACCUAGUAAACUAUCGCAUGAAUUGAUAAUAAAAUGAUUGUAAAAUUAUCA